AUGGAGUCGUCACGUAUAUUUGUGCGCGGACUGCCACCCAAGUUCACAGAAGACGAUGUUCGGAAGCACUUCGCCAAGUUCCCGGUCACAGAUGUCAAGUUCUUCCCGCACCGCCGCAUAGGCUAUGUGGGCUACAAGACACCUGAAGACGCCGCGAAGGCAGUCAAGUACUUUAACAAGACCUUCAUCAAACUGACCAAGAUCUAUGCGGAGAUUGCGCGACCUAUAUCUGACAAAGAACUCCCGACGCCGCGAUGGCAGCAGAGAGCUGAGAGGAUCGCACCUAAGAUCGAAGAGUACGUUCCGCUGCGAGAAGAACACGCUCUCAAGCGCAAACGAGAAGAGGCCGAACAGGACCCGAAACUGAAGGAGUUCCUGGAAGCCUAUGUGCCGCCCUCCAAGACUAACCUGUGGGCUAACGAGGACGCGUCUCUUGGUAGCGCGCCUGUUCCCACAGGGGAAGUGGUGCAGGAAGUGGUCGUUCCAGGAGAUGAGAGCGACGACGACUACCAGGUCAUCGCGAAGAAGGCCAAGACUGUCCAGGAGUCCAAGGAUAGCCCGGUGGCCAAGCAGCCCAUACCUGAAGCCACUCCGGUGCAGAAGGACGAAGGUGAAGGUGCAGACACAGGCGAUGCAAUGGAAGACGUUCAGAAUGCAUCUGCAGCCGAGCAAAGACCUGUUACCGACGACGAUUGGCUGCGGUCGAGAACCAACCGAGUCCUGGAUUUGGUCGAGGAUGAUGAGAUGCAAACAGUUGCCACAUCAGCUUCAGCUCCAGCGCAACAAGUCGACGAACGCAGCUCUCCAGAACCAGUGGCAGAGCAACAAAAAGCUGCGUCACCAGUAGAGAUGCAAGUCGAUAGUAUUGUACCGUCAGAAGAAGACAAGAUCCGAGAAACUGGCCGUCUCUACCUGCGGAAUUUGCACUUCGAUGUCACCGAAGACGAACUUCGAACGCACUUCUCGAAGUACGGGUCGCUUGAGGAGGUGCAUGUAUCUUUGAAGAAGAGCGACGGCAAGGGGAAAGGCUUUGCCUUCGUUCAAUUCAAAGAUCCAGAACAUGCCGUCCAAGCUUUCAUCGAGAAUGACAUGACCAUCUUCCAAGGCCGUCUUCUCCACAUCAUCUCAGCCAAAGCCAAGAAAGAUACCGCGCUUGACGAGUUUGAGAUUGCGAAACUCCCGCUAAAGAAACAGAGGGAGGUUCGACGAAAGCAAGAAGCCACGAAGGCUACAUUCAACUGGAACUCGCUGUAUCUCAAUGCCGAUGCAGUCAUGUCCACAGUCGCAAGUCGCAUGGGUAUCAGCAAGGCUGAGUUGCUCGACCCUACAUCAUCAGAUGCAGCGGUUAAGCAGGCUCAUGCUGAGACCCACAUUAUCCAAGAGACAAAGUCGUACUUCGCGCAGCAAGGUGUCGACCUAGAAGCAUUUCAGAAAAGCGCCAAGGGUGACCUCGCUAUCCUUGUUAAGAAUGUUCCACACAGUGUGACCCCAGACGAAUUGCGGAAAACUUUCGAGGAGCACGGCAAGGUUUCUAGAUUUUUGAUGCCUCCAACUGGUAUGACUGCCAUCGUCGAAUUCUCCAAUGCCGCAGAAGCGAAGACUGCUUUCAUGUCCUUGUCGUACCGGAAGAUGAAAGACUCGAUCCUAUACCUUGAAAAGGCUCCCAAAGAUCUAUUCAAGGCAGGUGCCGUCUCAGCCUUGCCCCAGGUUGCAGCGUCGGAUAAGCCCGGAGCAAAACUCUCUGCGACAGACCUACUUGAAGAUGCUCCAGAGCCCGAGGCAGCAAAUACGGCCACUUUGUUCGUUCGCAACCUCAAUUUCUCAACCACUACGGAACGUCUCGCCGAGACAUUCAAACCUCUGUCUGGCUUCCGGAGCGCCAAGGUGAAGACAAAGGUUGACCCGAAACGCGGCGUGCUAUCUAUGGGCUUUGGCUUUGUCGAAUUCAAUAGCCCUGAAACGGCAUCAGCUGCUUUGCGGACUAUGGAUGGAUACGACCUCGAAGGUCACAAGCUACAGAUCAAAGGCUCUCACAAGGGCGCUGAUGCAGCCGAAGAGCGUCGCAAAGAGGACGCUGCAAAGAAGGCGGCAAGUACGAAGAUCAUCAUCAAGAACUUGCCGUUCGAAGCUGGGAAAAAGGACGUACGGGCUCUGUUUACUCCAUAUGGCCAGCUUCGAUCCGUCAGAGUACCCAAGAAGUUCGAUUCGUCUUCGCGUGGUUUCGGUUUCGCGGAGUUCACAACGAAACGUGACGCUGUCAACGCCAUGAACGCUUUGAAGAACACUCAUCUGUUGGGUCGUCGUCUUGUUCUCGCGUUCGCAGAGACUGAGUCUGACGAUCCUGAGAAGGAGCUUGAAAAGAUGCAGCAGAAGGUGGGCGCACAGGCCAACAAGGUUGCCCUCCAACGUCUCACAUCAGGUGGACGCAAGAAGUUUAACGUCGCAGGCACCGAUGACCUAGAUGAAUGA